AUGGAAAACACAACAGCUCAGGAAAACUUAACUCAAACGGACCAGAUUGUGGCCACAAUUAUUAUAACUUUUGUCGAAAAAAGACGAUGUAAAGCAGAGGUUUGCCAUGGUAGACCAGGACUUCCACUGCCAAUAAAUUUCCUUGAUGGUACCAUAAAUUCGAUCGCCAAUGCUGCAGCUUUUGGAUGCAUGCUGCAACACCUAUUUAUUUUUAUUUCCGUUGGAUCCAUCUACUUCUCAGCUACAAAAUGGUUGAUAGUCUCGUUCAUUAUCGCCAAUAUCAUAUCAGCUAUUUAUCUCAUCGCCAAUAUGGUCCUCAUCUAUCGUUCUCAGAGACAACAUAUCAUACAGAUUUGGAGAGGAGACAGGUCUUUCAUUCCCAAAAAUUGCACUCAAACACAUACUGACAUGCUGGUGAAAAAUUUGAUGUACGCUGGAAACCAAGUUUCUCAUCUUCUUGGAGGUUAUUUAAUUUCACAGAUAGUUGUGUUCCUUUUCUGUGUUGUCGUGGCGUAUUUUGUUGUUUUACCUCUCAUGAAGGAGGUGCCCAUAAUUUUCCUAUCACCAUUGGAGGCUAUUUUACCUGGAGUGGUAUUCAUGUUUAUUUUCCGAGUUGUACUUCGAAUCAUUUGUCGUAAAGCCUUCUUACAAAACCAUUACAUAAGUUCUGACAAUGGUGAACACUUAGAGACGGUACUGGCUUUAGAUAAUAGGCGAGUAUACCAGAAUCUGUCCUAUUUCCUGUUUUUCUAUUAUAUACUGAUUGGUUUAUUCAGAUGUGUGUACCGUGUAAUAGUUUCAAUGUGUUUAGGAAUAUUUUACAUAGCGCGUAUGGAUAGAUCUGUGUUAUUACCUGGAUAUGAACAUCGUGAUAUCGGUUAUAUGACAUAUCUUGGUUCUCUGGAGGUUGAACUUCACCAUUGUCACCCAGUAGUUGUUGUCUUUUGUGACCAGAUGAUCAAAACUGUGAAAAAUAUCUCUACUAAAUCCGCGCAGAGCCUUAAUUCCCCGGAUGAUCCUGCUUAUGAAAACAGGAUGUGUGGGCUCUCCAGUGUUUACACAAGUAAAGUAAGGAAUAGGUGGCAAAAGAUGAAAACCAUGAUCUUUAACCAGUCUCUUUGCAAAACUUCGAAAACAAACAUUUCUUUUGAGCAUCUUCUUACUGCCAGGAAAACCUUGGUGGGAUCCACAAAUCAAUCAUCUUACCUCUAG